GAUUUUCCCAGUAAAAAGAGGGUAAGCAGAGGUCAGUACUUUGUAAACUUCAGUGAUUGCUUAUACAUAAGUUACAUUAUUUAAUUAGAGGAUGAAUAAUGACUACAUUUUUUCUUCAUAUAAGUGAAGAAACAUUCGCCAAGUGCUCUCAUUCCAACACCCAAAACUUAACAGUUUCUUUGGCAUUCGCACACGCAGACUUUCUGAUGAAUAUACAUAUUUGAUAAAAAUUAAAUCGUGAAGGUGAUAACACAACUCAUUAUCUGCAAGUGACAAAUUCUCUUUUGCCCAUGAAAGUGUUUGUGAUAUAAAACUUUGCUCACUUGCCACUCCACAAGUCAGUCGAUAGUCGUUCGUUUCGUUCGCCAAAAGUGUAUUCGUGACUGUGACAAAUAGGUUGAAAGAAAAUGGAGCAAAAGUCCAUGUAUCCCCAUCCGGAUCCCAAUCAGGCUGAAGGCAGUGCAUAUCCCCAUCAGAUGCAGUAUCCACCGCCACAAUAUCCAAUGCCACAGCCCGAGAUGCAGUACGCGCCACCCCCAAUAGUUACCCAGCCAACGACGACAAUCAUAAUGCCACCGCAGGUCGGCCCAGAUCCCACAAUGAUCACCUGUCCUUCGUGCCACAGCACUGUGGUCACGAGGAUGGAGUAUGAGCCCAACACUAGGACUCACAUUUGUGCCCUUCUUCUCUGCGUUUUCUGUUGCUGGCCAUGCGUUUGCGUGCCUUACUGCGUAGACUCUUGCCAGAGUGGCAAUCACUACUGCCCCAGCUGCGGAGCCUACGUUGGCACCUACGAGAACUAAUGAGCCUUCGUGAGAUGUUUUGCUGAGUCUUGGCGUUCUGCUUGGUAAUUUCACUGACAAGAAAGCUGUAUUAUCAUUUACUAAUUUUCUGUAGCAACACAGAGAAUGAUUCAUUUGUUUAAUCUUGAGGAUUUCCUGAGAUAUAUUGCACAAUAUAUUUACUUCUCUGUCUCCAUGUAAUAUUUUAAUAUACCACAAUAAAAGUGCGUCUAGUAAGUUAAGAGAUGGUAAAACAGUGUUCACAAGAUU